AUUUUUUUUUUAAUAAUGGCGAUAAAAGUACAUAAGAGGCAAAGGAAUCAAAAGAAACAUACUGCUAUAUUCAGCUGUCUCUCACGGACGAAAGCUGCAAUUGAGUCCACCAAGGCCUCCAUAACUCCCGCAUACAAUAUCUAUGCGGCCUUCUGUCGAGAGACCAGUCUACAUGGACUCAGGCAUACUGUGGAGGGUUCUGUACAUUGGUUCGAAAGAAUAGUAUGGUUUGUAUUAACACUUUGCGCGUUUGCUGGCGCUGUUUAUUGCGCAUUGAGUCAGCUCACGAGGUACAACUUGGAACCAGUGGUGGUGUCAUUCCAGAGGGAUUAUAGAAGCUUCUGGACCACUUUCCCGGCGGUGACCGCGUGUUUCAUAGAGCGGAUGGACCCGAUCAAAGCGAAGAGUGCUAUUGAAUUGUUCUGGAACGUGACAGAAGAGUCAGACCCUGAUAGGUACCAGUACUACUACGAAUUCAUUGAACUGCUCUCCGACGUGUCCUUCCGGACUAAUUUGCAAAACUUCUGGAAGUACCAGGACGACGAAACUCUGAAUGACAUCGAUCUGUUGCAGUUAGCUAUACACGUGCACCCGACCCUGCUCCUGAAGAUUAUCACCUCAGAUGUUAAUACUGCGGUCCACUGGACUCCAGUAAUAACUGAAGUGGGGCUAUGUAUGACAUUCAACUCGAAGUAUUCGGAGUACCAGUUCUCGCUGCAAGACGUAGAAUGGAUAGGGCAUGAUUUGCUCAAAUGUCAUUACCACAGCGGACAGUGCUUUGUAAGGAUCGACGCUAUGAGCAAGACAGUAAGGUUUUUUAUUCAUUCACCAUUUGAAAUAUCGACAGCUAUCUCGAACCCCACUGGAGAGGUUUCGUCUGGUGAAGAGCUGAUCAUUGAUUUUAAGGCAGUGGAAAUUCAGGCGGCGCCCAGUGUGAGGCACCUGACGCCGGAACAACGCCGAUGUAGAUAUCCGGACGAAUGGAUCAGCAAUUCUAUAAGGGCAUACAGUUUCGGUUUAUGUCAAAUGCACUGUCGAAAUCGCAUGGCGAUGAUGUUCUGUGGUUGUAGACCUUACUUCCAUGUUAAAGGAGUACUCCCGUUUGGUAUCGAUGUGGGCAUACUGGGCAUUGCUGCUUAUUAUCUGACGAGAUUGAAGAAACCGAGUCAAAAUAAUAUUACCAGUAUAUUCGGACCGGAGCCCGGGAGUAAAGAGAGUGAAGAAAGCCCUGACAAAGUGGUCCGUUGUAUAGCCCACAGGGGCGCGGGAUUUGACGCGCCGGAGAACACUUUAGAAGCUUUCAAAUAUUGUGUAGAACAUGGGUGCAACUUUGUCGAGCUAGACGUGAGAUCAUCAAAGGACGGUAAAUUAAUACUGCUGCACGAUCCAGGGCUGGAAAGAUUAGCAGGCUCCAAUAUAUCUAAUGUGCGUGCUUUGGACUGGGAGAAGAUUAAAAGCAUCAAUGUCGGGGCCAGGCAUCCUAACAGAAAACAUUUCAAGGAAGUCCACCUCUGUCUACUGGAUGAGGCGCUGGACUAUUUGUUGGCCAAUAAAGUGAGAGUCAUUAUUGAUGUCAAAGGAGAGGACAAGCAGGUAAUAAACGGUAUAUUGAAGACAUUUUUGGAUCGGCCAUCGCUCUACGAGCACGCAGCAGUCACCAGCAUGAAUCCUUAUGUCCUUUAUCAGAUUCGCAAGAAAGAUCCGCAAAUAGUGGGCGCCAUGAGUUACCGGCCGUACUGCUUCAGCGCUCACGACUACGACGCGGAGAGCGGUCCCAAUAAUCCUAGAUAUGGUGACAAUCUGCCGGUGCAAGCAGUGCUGCGCGCCGCGGAUGCGCUGCACGCGCUGUCGUGGCGCUGGGCGGCUCGCUGGUGCGGCGUCAGCGCUGUGUUACUGCACAAGGACAUCGUCAGCCCGAGCGAAGUGUCGUAUUGGCGGUCGCUGGGAGUGAGGUGCGCGGGCUGGUGCGUCAACCGGCCGCUGGAGAAACUCUACUGGAGGGGGGUGCUCCGGGCCCCGUACCUGGCCGACACGCUGCUCGGGGAGCCUGACGUAGAAAAGAAAGAUCAAGACAAGGAGCGAGAAAGAGACACUUGCGUACGAGCCGGACCUAUCAUAGACAAGAUACUAGAGUCUGAACGUCGAAUGUCGUCGGGGCAGAAUUAAAAAAAAAAAACAAAUUCAUGAGUUAAAUUAUCUGUGACACAUAUUGAAAUGUCAAAUUUUGGAGGGAAUUAGUGUUGUAAAUAUUACAAGACAAAAUACUGGAGUUUGAACGUCAUGAAUGGGGCAGAAUAAAAAAAAAGUUUACGAGCUAAAUUAUCUAUGAAAUAUUGAAAUGUCAAAUUUUGGAGGGAUUUUUUUUUGUAAUGUCUUUUAAUACAAUUCACUACUUUUGGUGAAAUCUUGAUGUGCGACAGUUGUCCAGCCGUAAGGUUAUAAGAUAGGUGCUUUAAACAAAUUGCGUUGUCUAUGCUUUAUUGAAAGCCUUAAUCUAAUUGAAAAGUAAUUUUUUCUUUGUAGAUGGAUGACCAAAAGCCCAAUAUCGAAAAGCCAAGAAUGAAAGAGAUGGAUUAGUGCAUAGUCGAAGCAUAGAGUAGAGGUUAGUUUUUUAUACCACAGAUUACAGAAAGGCGGGAAGAUUUGUCUAUGGUGCCGAUGUGUAAAAUGUAACGUUCCCAAAACUUAGACAGUAUUUUUUUUUUCUAUAUGUUUCAAAUUAUUUUUUUACAAUUAUAAUAUUUUUGGAAACUAGUUAAUAUUAAAGAUAUUGUUUAUAUUUAUAGGGUAACUUUGAUCUAAAUAAAAAAAAAAAACAUCGUUUCUCCUAUAUAAUGUUGUGAAAACAAUUAAAAUUAGGUACUACAACACUAAAUAUCUUCUCUUAAUUUUUUUUUUAAAUGGAUAAUGGAAUGGUAACCCCACCCGCGCUAUCGGUAUACACCGGCGGGGCACCAGUGAAGGAUGAUAGGUGAGGAUGAAGUAGGUCAGUUAGCCCAUCGUGACGAAUUCAACAAGAAUUGUUCACGAUGGUUUCCAGGGGGAACCACGUGGAAGUCGACCUAAUAAGGUAUAUUGCUAGCAAUGGGGCUGUCAAACUCCAUUGCUAACAAUCCUUUUCCCCCAUCUUCUCUUAGUUUAGUGGGGUAAGUCUUAAAAUAAAUUUCAAUUAUUCGAUAUUGGAAUCGAGACGUUUUGCAUUCUCGAAACGCAACACUAGCGAUAUAAUGGUUCCAUAUUGUUCUGAUAGAUGCACAUUAGUGUAACUUAUCAAUCCAAACUUAUCUUUACUUUACCAGAGGAAGACUGUACAAAAGGGUGGGAUAUAGCAUGAAUUUACAGGGUACAGAGGAAUAACACCCGAGUCCUCAGAAUGGCAACGCAUGGGGGGUAUUAUGGGCGAAACAGUAUACUCUGUUAUGUGCAUGGUACUGCUCAUGUCUAUAGGUGACGGUUACCACUUUCUAUUAGGCGGGCAGUCAGCUUGUUUGCCAUUCUAAGUUGCGUCCCACCACCCUUCAAACCGAAACACAGCCAUGCAAACACAACUGCUUCACGGUAGAACCACGAAUGGGACAGAGUUUCAAUUGCAUUGUAUUUUUUUGUUCAUUUUUCUUCAAUCACAUCUCUUUUAUUUCUAAACCGAUUUGAAUUUUUUUUUUUUUUAUUUGAAAGGAUAUGCUUUAAGAUUGGUUCCAGAGACAGUUAAUCAAGUAUACUUAAGUAGUUUAGUUUUAAAUUCAAAAUAUUUAGUUUUGCAAUGAUAGAAGUCAGUCUUUUCUUGUAGAACAAAGUCUUAAACUGUUUUAAUUAUGAUCAGAGUUACCCACCUUUUUUUUUUUUGCAUUUUUACCACCAUAGAGGCUGAAUAGUUUUAUUUAAUUUUAUUAAAUAUUAAAAUUAUUAUUAUUAAUAUGAAAAAUAAAAUAUACUAUGUUUAAAUGUUAAAUUUACAUUGAUAAUUUUAUAUAAUUUCAAAUUAAAUUGUACCUUUUUAUUUACAAAAUUAAAAAAAAAUAUAUAAAAUAGAUGCAAUUGCAUCGUUGCAGUUAGAAAAGGAUAGCGUAAUAAUGUUUUACAAUGACAAUUUGAGCAAUAAUAUGUCUUACAUAUCAAAAUAUAAGGUUAAAUUUUGCCAAAACGAAUAUAUUUGUACUACUUCCGCGUAGAAGGUUUAUAUUAUCCAUAGACAUAGUUAUGUAUAAUUCUAUAUUAUUUAUAUUAUAUAGUUCUUAAAAAUAACAAUGUUACCAAUCCAUCCUCUGAAAAUACCUGAAUCAUUGCAACAUUCCUAUCUUUAGUUAGCACUUGAAACUCGAACAUAACUACUAGAUAUUUAUAGUCUUAGAACACACGUGUUAUAGCAUAAUUGCAGCAUGACAGGUCAUGUCAAGUUAUGACAGCUGACAGGUCACUAAAGCCAAAGACAAAAUACGUAACUAACCGAUUCAACAAAACAAUCUAUCGUAUUUUUAUAAUAACUAAGUAAUCCGUCGGCAAAAUACCCUAAUAUCGGGGUGAAUGCCACAAAAGAAAAAAAAAGUAAUCUGUCAAAAUGACAGCUGUCACCUGCUAUAUAAUGCUGUACCGUGCGAUUGUAUUCCAUAAUUUUUAUUUAAUUUUUAACCGUCAGGUGGGUCGAUUGUUAAACUUUAUGCUCUUAAUAUAGCAACAUUCCUAUCAACUUGAGCCAGUGCCCAAUCUAGCAACUUUGCCACUACAAGCGAAAAUGAUAUUUGCCACCCUACGUAAUCGUCAAUCGCCCUUAAUUUGGCCGCUUCUGGUUCUUAUCAGAUAUUAUUUAUUUAUUUAUUUAUUGUUUAUUGCACAAUAAAACUUUGUACAAGUGGCGAGCUUAAUGCCAUAUGGCAUUCUCUACCAGCUAACCAUUAGGUAAAAACAGAAAGCGUAUUAAGGGCAGAUGUGGUGAAAAAUAUGUAACAUAAUUAUAGCAACAUACUGAAAUAAUUAUACAUAAUAAUACAUAAGAAAUAUUUUUUACUACCUUAAUUUUUAUCUGAACUCAUUUUUACCGCCUUUAAUUUUUGCCAAAACUCAUUUUGGCUGUAAAUUUUUGUUAGCACUAAUUUUAGCCGCAUGCCAUUUUUGCCAAGGCUCAUUUUUGUCUUUCUGGAUUUGCUAAUUUUCCCCCUAAGAUUAGACAUUGCCCUAGUUGUCUAUAUACCUCUAGUAAUCACAUUUUUCCCUCCCCAUCCAACUCCCCCCGUUACCGUACAACAUUUACCCAACUUGCCCCUAGGGGCCCCUGCUUGCUCCUGUCUUAAUUACCUAUAUACCUCCAUUUAACACAUUACUCCCGUCCCAUAUUCACAUCAUUCCAUGAAAAAAAAAACAUUGCGUUUAAAUCAGCUUACAUAUUUUUUCUGAAACCAAAUUACACUUAAAAAAAUUUAUGGUUCUGUCGAUUGACAUUUUUUUUAUCAAUGCUAAUCCAUAGAGUAUAUAAUCUAUAAAAACUAUUAAAAAAAAGAAUAGACAAUUGUUUCUCGACUGUUUCUAGAAAGUGGUGAUAAUGGUACACAUAAAUAGAUAAUUUGUAUAAGCAUGUGUGUGUAGUAUAUAUUUACAUACUAGGUAUUUUAAUGGCAUUAUAGUUCGAAUACGUUUUGCCAAUAUUGGCAUGCAAAUUUUUUUAUUUGACGAACUGUACUUUUACAAAAAGAAAUAUUGUAAAUUAUGUAAUGUCAGUAACAGUACAAUGAAAACAAAUAAUAAGAAUUCAAAAAUAUAUAUCAAAAAAUUAAAUAAUAUUUAAAUAGAGGGUACUUAAUAUCUAUAUAAAUAGAUAUUUCAUAUUUUCACGAAUAGAUUUUUUUUAAUAUAUUUUUUUUUUAUGGGUGCAAAUGGUAUGGCAACCCCGCCUGCGCUAAAGUGAUACACUGGCGGAGCACCAGUGAAGGGUGAUAGAUGAGAAUGAAAACAGGCCAGUUAGCCCAUCAUGAUGAAUUCAUCAGGAAUUAACCAUGAUAGUUUCCAGGGAGAACCGCGUGGAGGCCGACCUAGUUGGGUAUAUUGCUAGCAAUGGGAUUCUCAGUCUCCAUUACUAACAAUCCCUCCCCCCCUCCCUAUUUUAAUAUAUUAGAAUUAUGAAAUUAAUCUUGUUAGUGUACUUUCUUUCAAUAGACUUUAAAAAGAAAAAGGUGCUCAAUUCGGUUGCAUUUAAAUUCUGUAUUUAUUACUGCAUAACAUAGUGGAGAGCUACACAGCCAAUAAUUAACGCAUGGGGGGUAUCAUGGGCGAAACAGUAUACUCUGUUAUGUCCAUGGUACUGCUCAUGUCUAUAGGCGACGGUUACCACUUUCCAUCAGGUGGACCGUCAGCUUGUUUGCCAUUCUAUUUGUGAACCGAUUUGGAAGUUUCUUUUUUUAUCUGAAAGGUUAUAGUAACAGAUUGGUCUCAUAGGAAUUUUUACAAAAUGGAUUCAAUAGUUUUGUUUUUAAAUUAAGAUAACUGGUUUUGUCACAAUUGAAGUCGGUUCUUCUUUGUGGGAUACAAUUUUGAAUUAUAUAAGAUACAAACCGUAUUAAAAUUUAUUAUUCACGCCAUCUGUUGGCGGUGUUUAGAUCGUCUACGUGAACCUGGUACGCUCCGCCAACCAUUUGUGGCAGAAAUGCUGUCAUUUUGCAAAAUUUCACUCCGAAAUUUUGUCUGUGGCACAUCAUGUUGAUGAUUUACAAAAGUGGCAGAUUUAAGGGAUUCCAAGAAAAUUGAUUUUUUUUUUAUUUUCAAUAAAGCCAUCUUUUUUUUAUUAAGUAAAAAUGGCAGGAUUUUUUUUAUACAAUUUAGAAUGGCAGACAAGCUGACGGCCCACCUGACGGAAAGUGGUAACCGUCGCCUAUAGACACGAGCAGUACCAUGGACAUAAUAGCGUAUACUGUUUCGCCCAUGAUACCCCCCAUGCGUUGCCAUUCCUGAGGACUCAGGUGUUAUUCCUCUGUACCCUGUAAAUUGCAUGGGUACCUCUGUCCCAUCCGUGUUUCAACCAUGAAGCAGUUGUGUUUGCAUGGCUGUGUUUCUGUUUGAAGGGUGGGAUAUGGCGUGAAUUUACAGGGUACGUGAUGCUCGUGGUGAUGUGGUUAUACUCCUUGGUUGGAACCUUGUAAAUAUUUUUACUCAUUUUUAAUUCUUUGAAUUUUCGAGAGGCGUGCCAUGUUAUCGUAGACAGUUUAUAUUUUGCUUUGUUUUUCGGUAUCAGAAAAAAUAUGUACUCUAAUGCCUUACCAAAGACCUCUUAUGCAAUAAAAUAGUUGUUUUAAAUGCUGAUUAAAUUUUGUUUAUAUAUACGUAGUUAAAUUGAAGGUAUUAUAAGUAAGUAGUGUAUUUAUUAAUUCAUUUUAGAUUUAAUAUAAGUGCAAAACGUUUGCCUGUUUUUAGCGGCUAAAGUUCGCUGUCCAUUGAACGUUAAGUUUUAAUUUUUUUUUUUCUAAAUUUGUUCAAAAAAAUAUCUUGUUGCGGUUAUAUAUUAUUAUUAAUUUAAUAAAAUUCACGUCUUAAUUUAUUAUUAACUCUCACUGUCAGAAGGCCAAUAGUGUGAGAGUUGAACAAAGAUUUAACAAUGCGUUCACUUUUUGUAAGGUAAUUAAGUUUCCGCAAUUAUCCGCUAGAGGCGCUGCUAAAAUUUGUUGUAUCUCAGGUUUUUUUAAUGCAUGAUAAUGGAAUAGUAAUCCCGUCUGUGCUAACGGUAUACGCUGACGAGACACCUGUGAGGGGUGAUAGAUGAUGACGAAAGCAGGCCCGUUAGCCCAUUGUGACGAAUUCCACUAGAAUUAAUCACAAUAUUUCCAGGGGGAACCGCGUGGAGGUCGACCUGGUUAGGUAUAUUGCUAGCAAUAGGAUUUUUAGUCUCCAUUACUAACAAUCCCUUUCCCCCCUAUAUGUAUGUAUGUAUAUAUGUAUGUAUGUAUAUAUAUAUAUAUGUAUGUAUGUAUUUAUAUGUAUGUACCCAUAUUCGUGCAAUAAAUGAUUUGAAUUUAAAUUUAAUCUACAUAUUUUUCUCUCCAAAGAGUGAGAGAGAGUUUUCAAUGGACAGUGAAAUUUAUUCGAUACUAUAAUAACUUAAUAUUGUUUUUUUUUUCCCAUUCAAGUAUUAUUAUUGCCAAAUAAUAUUGAUUGUAAAAUGUCGCACAAAUUAUUGUAAAAGAUAUUUAUUUUUAUUAAAUUUUAUUGUAAUUUA